AUGAAAAUAUCAUUAUCUUUUCUCUUUGCCAUCUUGGCUUUGCUCUGUGCUGUGCACUAUAGCUCUGCUGCUUCUGUUGCUCUAGCCGAUGACGGUGCAUUGCAAGAACGCUUGGAAUAUCAUGAAAUUGAACCUGAAGAAUUUGAUGAACUUGCAGAUGAUGAUGAAUUCAUUGAUGAAUUUGAGGAUGAUGAUAACCAAGUAGAGCUAUUUGACGAACCUCAAGAUGAUGAUGACAAUACUGAAUUGAUUGAUGAUGAUGCCAAUGAAUUGAUGGAAGCUGAAAAUGAUGACGAUGAUGAGAAUACCAAUGAAUUGCAUGAAAUUGAUGCUCGUGCCCGUCGUCGUAGACGUAAGGGACGUAAGAAUCGUAAAAAUCGUAAGAACCGUAAGAAUCGCAAGAACCGCAAGAAUCGCAAAAAUCGUAAGAACCGCAAAAACCGCAAGAAUCGCAAAAAUCGUAAGAACCGUAAAAAUCGCAAGAACCGCAAAAACCGCAAGAAUCGCAGGAGCCGCAAAAACCGUUCCGGUUAA